AUGAAUAUUUUAAAUUUAUCAAAUUUAUUAUUAUUACAAAUCAUAUUAAAGAUUGAUGACAAUGGAGAUAUAAGAAUAAGAGCAAUCAAUGACAAGGGAAGUGUAGGUCAACAGUUUAAUGGAACAGCAAUUCGAUUAAACCACAACGCUUUCAAAGAUAUAAUGGAUAAUAGUAUAUCGGAUCAACAUGUCCUAUUGUCGAGAGAGGACAAUAACGAUGGCUAUGUAAAUUGGAUACAUAACCGUGUCACUGCACAUAAUAGAGUCGAUAAAAGUACUAGGAGGAGUUGUAUUUCAACAAUCUCUCGCCCAUCUAACCAUCGACGAGCCUGUCCAACUUCCUCAAUCACUAGUCAAACUAAAGCAGAAGGUCUGCCAACCAAUGGCAACCCCACUUCCUCAACAUUUAAAAAAACUGGUUUGGCUGGUGGAUUCGAAAUUCAAAGGGAAGCAUUUUGA